AUGAGUAAACGAAACCAAAGGUCAAAGAAUAAACCUGACAGUAGUAGUAACAUCAACUUUGUAUUCAACCCAGAUCAACCCCUCAGUCGUAGUCUUAGCUUCACUGGAAGCGCGCCUACCAGUCCAGCUGCUUCUACGACAGGAUUCAAUAUCGCAGGUACCGCUAGUUCUUCUUCUUCGGGCUUUGGUUCAGGAAACAAACAGCCAUUUGUGUUUGGAAAUGCCUCUAGUACUCAACCCAGCAAUGCCUUCAACUUUUCUACACCAGCCUCACAGACAUUUCCUUCUCCUUUGAAAAGAGGUGUUUCUGAGCUGCCUACUUCGGGGCAAUCAGAUCGCAAUAAUGCUCUUAGACGUUCUACAUCAGAAUUUUCCUUUAGUACUACUUCCAAUCCAUCCACUCCCAAUCCAUUUGGCACUUCCUUAGGAGCCGCUCCCAUCUCCUUUGGCGCGCCCGCUGCUUCAAAUACGCCUGGUGCCACCGCCACUAGUACUUCUGGUUUUGCGCCUGCAGCCAACACAACAGGUAAUGCGCCUGCAUUUAGCUUUGCUCCUGUAACAGGUUCGACAAAUACCACACAAGCCGGAACCUCUACACCUGCUCCUGCUUUCACAUUUGGCGCUACUAGUGCUACUGCACCUUCCGCUUCAUCUGGUGCCUUUAACAAUACCACUUCUACAGCUGCACCCACAUCAACCUCGACAACCCAAACGACGGGUGCUUUUUCGUUUGGAUCGUCCACAGUUAAACCAUCGACAACAGCAACAACAACAUCCGGAUUUACGUUUGGAAAGGUGUCAGAACCUGCUUCCAGUACAGCUGCGCCUGCUUUUGCCUUUAACAAGCCAGCUGAAGCUCCUCCUGCAGCGUCUACAUCUGCAUUCUCCUUUGGAAAGUCGGUGGAGGCACCCAAGACGAAUCCAGCUCCUUCCUUUAGCUUUGUAAAACCUGCAGAGACAACUCAGGCUUCACAGGCAGCAUCUACCGCUGGAACAGCAUCCACAACAGUAACAGCUCCCGCAACAACUACCAGCAGUAGCCCUUUUACAUUUGGGGGUCUCGGCUCUACUUCAAAACCUAGUACCACACCUGCAACAACUGGUUUUACGUUCGGUACUUCUACGUCCACUACAAGUGCAGCUACUACGGCUACUACCACCACUGCUGCCACCACUGCUGCUACUACAGCAACAUCAUCUGCUACGCCCGUCUUCAGCUUUGGAGCAGCCGCGAGUACCAGUAAACCUGCUCCAACUCUUACAUUUGGUACUCCAACGUCAACUACUUCUACCACCACUUCAAGUACUCCUACUACUACUACCACUACAGCAGCAAUAACAAGUAGCUCUGCUCCAACCUUUUCAUUUGGUGUAUCCACCACAACAACAGAGAAAAAAGAUGAUAAAGGGUCUACACCUAUUGUUACGAGUAACCCAUUUACGUUUGGUACGACUGCACCCACUUCAACAAGUAGCUCAUCAACAACUUCUGGUAUCACCACCAGUGCUCCAACUACUACUACACCCAUUAGUCAACCUGUAGUUGCAAAGCCAAAUCCAUUCUCUUUCACAAAAGUACUGGAUGACCUGUCAAAGAUAUCAACUCAGCCUCCUGGUCAGAUAUAUGCUUCUUUAGUCACUCCAUCUUUAGCCAGUUUAUAUCAAACUCAGGUUGUUCACCAUACAAAUUUCAGAAUUGACAAUAUCACGUCCACCACUCGAUUUACCGAACUUCCUGAACAAGCACAGAAAGAACUAGAUGAGGUAGAGAAAUACAUACGUUUGGAAAGCCAACGAAGCGAGUAUAUCAGAAACCACAAGAUGCCCCAGCAAACACAGUUGAUAAACAAAUGCAAAGAAGACAUAGAAGCCUUGUCACAGAAAAUGGAUGCUCUCUCUAGUAUGCUCAAGAUGCGCUUAGAAUCCACAGAGUCCUUGUAUGAUGACGUGAAGGAACAACUGAGACAUGCAAAUGAUGGGUGUGCAGUUAUUGAAGCAUGUAGGCAUCCUGGCACAGCGCCUCGCUGGCUCUUUGGUCGUUCAGAUGAAGACGAUUACUUUUCAUUACUGGCAAAGCAAUUAACAAAUAGAUUGGAAGAAUAUAAAAAGUGCAUUUGGGAAAUUGAACGAACGGCAGAAUCAUGGAGCAAGAAUAGAGCUCAAUCACCUCAAGAUAUUGCACGCAUUAUGCAUGCUCAAAAUCAGACCUUCCUUGCUUUAGCUAACAAGGUUGCUUCCUUACAUGAAGCAGUCGAACGAGAAAAAGAGUAUUAUAAACAGUACUUUAAAGUACACGCUUAA